UGCUCAGUGUAUUCAGGACUCUGCUGUCACAUGACCAUUAUCACAGGUCCUUCAAUCACAAUAUCUUCUAUCCUGCGCUGCGGAGCUCCGCCCAUUCCUGUCACAUGAUCCUCCCCACAGGUCCUUCACGGUCACAUCUUUGCUGCUAAACUUUGCCCCAAAUGUACUGGUCACAUGAUUGUGACAUCAUCACAGGUCCUACACCUCCAGCAUGUAGCAGAUACAGAGCAGGUCCUGGUGGGGCAGUCACUGCUGUUGUGUUGUGUGUGGAGAUCUCUCAGAGCAGCAGCCCCUGAUCAUGUGACUCCUCCUCCUCCAUGUGACUGAUCACAUGACGGUGACAUCAUCGCAGGUCCUGUAAGUACACGGCUCCUCUACAGAUACAGGUUUCUCCAAUCCAGGAUCCUCUGCUGAUAUCUUCUAUAUAAGAGAAUUCUCCUGGAUGACCCAUCAACCAUGGAGAGAGACAGGAACAAGAUGGCCGACAGGAUCAUAAACCUCACCCUACAGAUACUCUUCCGGCUUACUGGAGAGGAUUACACAGUAGUGAAGAAGUCCUCUAGUGGGCGCUGUCGGGCCCCUGUGUGUGAAGGAUGGGGAAGAACCCUGAGCCCAAUCCCGGGGCCCCCACCUCACUCCCUGAUACAUGAGGAAAUGGACAAACAGAAGAUCCAAGAACUCAUCAACAAGAUGAUGGAGCUGCUGACUGGGGAGGUUCCUAUAAGGUGUCAGGACGUGGCGGUCUAUUUCUCCAUGGAGGAGUGGGAGUAUGUAGAAGGACACAAGGAUCAGGUGAUGAUGGAGGAUCAGCAGCCCCUCACAUCACCAGUCAGAUCCAGUAAGAGAACAGCACCAGAGAGGUGUCCCCGUCCUCUUCUUCCACAGGAUGAUCAGGGUGAAGAUCCGAACAAUAUUAAUGCUCCAGACACAGUUGUGAGCGGUGAUGAGCAGUAUAAGGAGGACAUUCCUACAGGGAAAGAUCUGAUCUAUAUUACUGCUACAGACAUAAAGGAAGAAGAAGAAGAGACAGAUGUGAGCGGUGAUGAGCAGUAUAAGGAGGACAUUCCUACAGGGAAAGAUCUGAACAAUAUUAAUGCUGCAGAUAUGAAGGAAGAAGAAGAGACAGAUGUGAGCAGUGAUGAGCAGUAUAAGGAGGACAUUCCUACAGGGAAAGAUCUGAACAAUGUUAAUGCUACAGACAUAAAGGAAGAAGAAGAGACAGAUCUGAGCGGUGAUGAGCAGUAUAAGGAGGACAUUCCUACAGAGAAAGAUUUGAUCCAUAUUAAUGCUACAGACAUAAAGGAAGAAGAAGAGACAGAUGUGAGCGGUGAUGAGCAGUAUAAGGAGGACAUUCUUACAGGUAACCGCCCAGAAUUAAGAUCUCGCGAGAAUGUAAACGUAUUUAACUUGAUGAUGGGCGUUUUUCACAUUAUGCUGGACAAAGAAGGUGUUUCCUUCAAAACGUUGCAUGGACUUACACACCUGCUGGUGUAGGAGAUGGCCGUAUACAGGUUAUACAACUAAAGACAACUUGAUGAGCUGAUACAUAUCUCCUGCUGGACACUGCUGAUUUAUUACUUUGUGCACAUGGGUGAAUAUUCUAAUGUUGAAAAAUUGUAUAUCUUCUGAAUAUAUAAAUAUAUAAAGAAAACUUAAGCAUCAAUUGAAACGUGUGUUACACCCUUUUUUCUAUUGGAUGCAUUUUUUCUGAAUACAGAGCACUCAGGUAACCACGUUUACCCCAUGCACAGUGAGCCCCCACACUUAUGAUUGUAAUCCCAUAGGAGACUAUAAUACUGCACACACUGAUCUCUUAUACUGAUCACUGUUAUCCCAUAGGAGACUAUAACACUGCACACACUGAUCUCUUAUACUGAUCACUGUUAUCCCAUAGGAGACUAUAAUACUGGACACACUGACAUUACACUGAUCAUUGUUAUCCCAUAGGAGAUUAUAACACUGCACACACUGAUCUUUUACACUGAUCAUUGUUAUCCCAUAGGAGACUAUAACACUGUACACACUGAUCUCUUACACUGAUCAUUGUUAUCCCAUAGGAGGCUAUAACACUGCACACACUGAUCUCUUAUCCUGAUCAUUGUUAUCCCAUAGGGGACUAUAACACUGCACACACUGAUCUCUUACACUGAUCAUUGUUAUCCCAUAGGAGACUAUAACACUGCACACACUGAUCUCUUAUACUGAUCAUUGUUAUCCCAUAGGAGACUAUAACACUGCACACACUGAUCUCUUAUACUGAUCAUUGUUAUCCCAUAGGAGACUAGAAUGUACAAAAAAGAACAGGACAAUGUGAACAAGAGUGAAGGUAAUGCGGCAAAUAAAGAAAAAUCGGAAACCAGCGUAGCUCGGCAUUUUUCAGAAUACAGACACAAUGUGAACGAACUUAGAUGGCAGGUACUUGAAAACAUAGAGGGCGAUAAUAAGGAACAAGUAAAAAUGAAACUAUUGAGGAACGAGGUGCGCUGGAUACAAAAACUGGGUACUUUAAAACCGGACGGGAUUAAUGAGAUCUGCAAUUUCAAUGUAUUUUUAUAACUAAGCGUAUACUGUAACUGUACUGUUGUUUUCAUGUGGUUUUUUAUGUGAUUUUAAUUCCUUUUGAUACGUUUUUGUAACUUUUGUAUUUCCGCUGUAGAAUUAAGAUCUCGCGAGAAUGUAAACGUAUUUAACUUGAUGAUGGGCGUUUUUCACAUUAUGCUGGACAAAGAAGGUGUUUCCUUCAAAACGUUGCAUGGACUUACACACCUGCUGGUGUAGGAGAUGGCCGUAUACAGGUUAUACAACUAAAGACAACUUGAUGAGCUGAUACAUAUCUCCUGCUGGACACUGCUGAUUUAUUACUUUGUGCACAUGGGUGAAUAUUCUAAUGUUGAAAAAUUGUAUAUCUUCUGAAUAUAUAAAUAUAUAAAGAAAACUUAAGCAUCAAUUGAAACGUGUGUUACACCCUUUUUUCUAUUGGAUGCA